AUGGUUCUAAAGAAAAAAGACGCCAUGCCGACAUAUGUUUUUGGCGAUCUUUAUCGAUAUCAUGUUGAUAAAGGAGAUUGGAAGCUAGUUUCUAGCCCUAACAGCCCCCUCCUCUCAGUCCAUGUUCUGGUCAUCGAAUGGUUGAAGAUCAGAAAUCGAAGGUUGCAAGUCAGAUUUGGGAUCGAAAGUCAAAGGUUCAAGGUACGAUCGGAAGCAUCAGAAUGCGGAAAACAAAAAUGGAGGAGGCAUCAGGUACGAAGACUGUUCUCUUCUUCUCCAUCUGUUUUUGGAAUGACAACCUCUCUUGUUAACCUAAAGGGGGUUUUAGCUAUGUAG